AUGAGCAAAGCAAGAUCAAUUGGAAAAAGCGCAAAAGAAGGUGGUGAAUCAGGCGAUGAUCCAAAUCAAUCAAAUUCCGAUCGGAUCGAUCUUGAAUUGGGAACAAGUGAUACAGCAUGUGGAACGAUGAAAGAAAUGAUUGAGGGAAAUAAUGAAGAGCUUAUUGAUUUGGAUUUGAAUUAUAUUCAAACUACACUUCGUCAUUUUCCCUGGUAUCAUGGUUUGAUUCAAAGUGCACAUGUCAUACAAUUUCUGAAGGUAUGUUUUUUUCAAAUUUAGAUUAUCUAGAAGAGUCAAUCAAUAUUGAUGGUAUUGCAAUAUUUAAUUUCAGUGGGAUAACUCAUAUUUGGUUCGUCGAACUGCAGAAGGUGGACGUGGAAAAGAAUAUUUCUGUCUUUCUUAUCGACAAUCCAACAGAAUAUGUCAUUAUGCAAUUCGAUUUGAGGAUGGUUUUUGGACUUGUCCCAGAAUUUUUACCGAUUUGAAUCCAAAACAACGAUUCCCACAUAUUCACACAAUGCUUGAUUUUUGGAGCAUGAAUAUCAAUGUGAUUCCAGUUCCAAGAAGCAAAAAAGUAAUAUAUCACGACGAUGUAAAAUUGAUCAAAAUACUCGGAGCUGGUGCAUUUGGGGAAGUUUGGAAAGGAACAAUUAUGAUAAAUGGUGUUGCAAACGAUUGUGCUGUCAAGAAAAUAAAAGGUCAAGUCAAAAAAGCUCAACUCACCGCAUUUUUCCAUGAGGCAAAUAUAAUGUCAGUUCUCGAUCAUGAAAAUGUCAUCAAAUUUUAUGGUCAAUGCACAUUAGUUUCACCAAUGAUGGCGGUUAUGGAAUUGGCAGCAGGUGGAGUUGUCAGAAGUUAUUUGAGACAUAAUAAAAAUGUGAAUAUUUUGAUUUUGAGUGGAAUGGUGAAUGAUAUAGCGAAAGGAAUGGAUUAUUUAUCAAGUCGAAAGGUUAUUCAUCGUGAUUUGGCUGCUCGAAAUUGUCUUCUCGAUGAAAAACUAAACGCGAAAAUAUCAGAUUUCGGAUUAUCUGUGAGAGAUGAAGAAAUUCGUGUGAAAAAUCUGAAACAAGCCCCAAUUCGAUGGUUAAGUCCUGAAACAAUCAAAAUUGGACUUUUCAAUGAGAAAACUGAUGUUUGGGCAUUCGGAGUAACAGUUUGGGAAAUAUUCACUCACUGCAAACGCCAUCCUUUAUAUCCGAAAAAUAUCAAAGAUGCAAUUCUAGCAAUUCGAGAAGUUGAAAAACCACACAAGUUUAUUGAUGUGAAACCACCGAAAAGUAUUGUUGCAUUAGUUGAAAGUUGCACACGACGGAAUCCGAAUGAACGACCAAAGUUUCGAGCAUUGAUAGGUGAAACAUUGAAAAUUUUGGAAAAGGGAAUCAAAAAAGCUGCACCGGUAUGCAAGUUUUGAAUUUGAAUUCAAAAUAAAAAGUGUUGUUUUUAGGAUAGCCGCCGUCGCCCCGUUUCUGGAAAAUUCGCAACCGAAAUUGCGAGUCAAACAUCUCAACCAAUUUCAUCGCGAAACAAAAUUGUUACGGCUAAAAAACGAAAGAAAAGCAGUCAUGCAAUGUUCCAUAAGAAGCAAGCAAGUACGGAUAAUUUGUCAGGUGAUCAAAUUUCGAAUAAUCAAAAAGAUUAUAAAAAGGAAGAAAAAGAAAAAGAGAAAGAAAAAGAGAGAGAGAAAGAAAAAGAUUCUAGUUAA